AUGCAGUACCAGUAUUCCUUAUGUAGUGGACGCAAAAAGGCGUUAUUGAUUGGUAUAAACUAUAUUGGAAGCAAGAAUGAGUUGAGAGGUUGCAUUAAUGAUGUCGACAAUGUUGAGCAAUUUUUAGUAAGAAACGGGUUUCAGCAAGGCGACAUUGUGAAAUUGGUUGAGACUUCUGGUAACCCAAGAGCUAUACCAACCCGACAAAAUAUCCUUGAUGGUAUACGAUGGUUAACUAGCGGGGCAAAACCUAACGAUUCGUUAUUCUUCCACUAUUCGGGCCAUGGUGGUCAAACUGCUGACGAGCCAGAUCAAUAUGGAAACUAUGACGAAGACGAUGGAAUGGAUGAGUGUAUAUUCCCAGUUGAUUUCAAGACCAAUGGGUUUAUCAUUGAUGAUUUGUUGCAUGACAUGUUGGUCAAAACAAUCCCUCCGGGCUGUCGUUUAACCACACUAUUUGACUCGUGUCAUUCAGGCUCUGCCUUGGACUUGCCAUUUAUGUAUUCGUCAAAGGGUUUAUUGAAGGAGCCAAGUGCUUCAAAUGACGCUGGUAAGGAAAUGUUGCUGUCGUUGAAACAAUAUGCCAUGGGCGACUCGAAUGCCCUCAUGAAAGGAUUGGGCUCAGUUGCAAAAGUCUACAUGAACAGAGGCAAAGUCAAAAAGGCAAACGAAGUGAGCAAAAUGACCAAGUUUGCCCCUUGUGACGCCAUAUCUUUUAGUGGUUGUAAGGAUAGUCAAACGAGUGCCGAUGCAGUUAUUGGAGGCCAAGCAACCGGGGCCAUGAGCUAUGCUUUCCUCACGGUGAUGAACCAAAAUCCAAAUCAAUCGUACUUGAGCUUAUUGCAAAACAUGAGAGAAGUCUUGGGUGCAAAAUACAGUCAAAAGCCCCAGUUGACUUCGUCCCACCCAAUUGACUGUAAUUUAAAGUUUAUUUUUUGA